ACGGAAGUCCAGCUCCAGCACUGGAGCCGGGUCAUACCAUUCACAAUGCCCACCCAGCAGCAGCUAGCCCGACGCAGCGGUGUUGUUUCCACAGCUGCACCGAUGGACCGCGACCUCGGUUGAACGCAGUCCAUGGGUGCGGAGACCGCUUCCAACCGCUCUCCGCAAUACGUCGCCAACCCCAACCAACAGCUCACCCUCCUCCUCAUAUCACGAUGCGGACAGUCUCGGCGCUAGCUUCGCCUCUGCGGAGAUCAGUACCUACAGCCCGCCAGACACGGUGCUUCUCAAGCUCCCACAGUCUGCAAGCGACAUGGGGAUUCAUAGGACUGGGACGCAUGGGAUACCCCAUGGCGAAAAACCUCAGAGCAAAGAUACCCGCCGAAGACACGCUCUUCGUGCACGAUGUAAACACCGCAGCCACGAAGCAGUUCCUCGACGAGCACCCACAAGGCGUGCGCGUGGCUGAAAACGUUCGAGAGGUCGCCGAGAAAGCCGAAACCAUUGUCACUUCGCUGCCGGAGCCAAAGCAUGUAAAGGCAGUCUUCAAGGAGAUGCUGGAGCCGGCAACUCUUCUGUCAGACAGCUCCGUCAACAAAGAGCGGUUCUUCAUCGACUGCUCGACCAUCGACCCCAUGACCUCGGGCGAGGUGGCGGAAGCUGCCCAUUCUACUGGUCAGGGCAAGUUCAUCGAUGCGCCCAUGUCCGGGGGUGUCGUUGGGGCGCAGGCUGGCACGCUCACCUUCAUGAUCGGUGCGCCGCCAGAGGCCGUCGAAGGAGCCACCAAAGUACUGUCAAUGAUGGGCCGGAGAGUAGUACACCUUGGUGGGCCUGGUGCGGGUCUCAAGGGGAAACUUGCCAACAACUACCUUCUCGCGCUCAACAACAUUGCAACUGCAGAGGCCAUGAGCAUGGGUGUGAAGUGGGGUCUAGAUCCAAAGGCGCUGGCUGGUAUGAUCAACACGGCUACCGGUAAAUGCUGGCCUAGUGAGGUUAACAACCCCGUUCCCGGAGUCAUCGAGGGUUCGCCUGCAAGCAGAGGCUAUGAAGGGGGCUUUGGCAUCGGUCUGGCUAGCAAGGAUCUCAAGCUUGCGCUCAAGGCUGCCGACGAGGCGGGUGUCAAGCUCGCUUUAGGGGAGCCCGCGAGAGCGCUUUACGAUGCGUGCGAAAAGGCCGAGAACUGCAAAGGCAAAGACUUUUCAGUCGUCUACCGGUAUCUUGGAGGCAAGGAGUAGCUAGAAUGAAUGACAUGGACCCGCGGUGCCGCGGUCUUCGCAUCUCCGCCGCCAAACAA